CCGAGACAUGGCCACCCCACUAUUUCGUCAAACAAACGUUCUCUGAACUUUCUCGGCUGCUCCCUCUUUUACAUCUCCCAAAAUACCCAAACUACCCUCAACCCCACCUAAACCAGCCUCCCCUUUUCCCUUUUCUCGAUCGAACUUCACGUUUUCUGACCCCCUCCACGUCUCUCCGCCGAUUUGCCGAUCGAAUUCCGCCACCAAUCGACGUCGAUGACUCUCAUGACUCCGCCUCCCAUUGAUCCGGAAGAGGAAGAGAUGCUAGUCCCGCAUUCUGAAUUUGCUGCCACCGAAGGACCCCAACCAAUGGAAGUUGCACCUGCAGAAGCUGCCAAUACAGUUGAUGCACCAGCAGUUGAUGAUCCACCAUCAGCAAGGUUCACAUGGACUAUAGAGAACUUCUCAAGAUUGACUGGCAAAAAGUUGUACUCUGAAGUUUUCUUUGUUGGAGGAUAUAAAUGGCGAGUGCUUAUAUUCCCAAAAGGAAACAACGUGGACCAUUUGUCAAUGUAUCUUGAUGUUGCUGAUUCCACAUCAUUGCCAUAUGGUUGGAGUAGAUAUGCUCAGUUCAGCCUAGCUGUGGUUAAUCAAAUUCAUAACAAAUUUACCAUGAGAAAAGAUACCCAACAUCAGUUUAAUGGGCGUGAAAGUGAUUGGGGUUUCACAUCAUUUAUGCCACUUAGUGACCUAUAUGACCCCAGUAGAGGCUAUAUUCUGAAUGACACAUGCAUAGUUGAAGCUGAUGUGGCAGUUCGAAGGGUUGUUGAUUAUUGGUCACAUGACUCAAAAAAGGAAACUGGUUAUGUUGGGCUUAAGAAUCAAGGUGCUACUUGCUAUAUGAAUUCUCUCCUCCAGACAUUGUACCAUAUCCCUUAUUUCAGGAAGGCUGUGUAUCAUAUGCCAACAACUGAGAAUGAUAUGCCAUCAGGGAGCAUACCCCUGGCUUUACAGAGUUUAUUUUAUAAGCUUCAGUACAGUGACACCAGUGUAGCCACAAAAGAGUUGACAAAAUCUUUUGGAUGGGAUACAUAUGAUUCUUUUAUGCAGCAUGAUGUUCAAGAGCUUAAUAGGGUUCUUUGUGAGAAGCUUGAAGACAAGAUGAAGGGAACUGUUGUGGAGGGUACAAUUCAACAACUAUUUGAAGGACACCAUAUGAACUAUAUUGAAUGCAUAAAUGUGGACUACAAAUCAACAAGGAAGGAAUCUUUUUAUGACCUACAGCUUGAUGUGAAAGGGUGUCGCGAUGUUUAUGCUUCUUUUGAUAAGUAUGUAGAAGUGGAACGACUUGAAGGUGAUAAUAAGUAUCAUGCUGAACAACAUGGGCUACAGGAUGCUAAAAAGGGUGUUCUGUUCAUAGAUUUCCCCCCUGUUCUUCAGCUCCAACUAAAACGUUUUGAAUAUGAUUUCAUGCGAGAUACAAUGGUGAAGAUAAAUGAUCGCUAUGAAUUUCCUUUGCAACUUGAUCUCGAUAGAGAAAAUGGAAAGUAUUUAUCACCCCAGGCAGAUAGAAGUGUCCGCAAUCUCUACACUCUUCACAGUGUAUUGGUUCACAGUGGUGGGGUCCAUGGUGGACAUUAUUAUGCUUAUAUCCGGCCAACCCUAUCUGAUCAAUGGCUUAAGUUUGAUGAUGAACGUGUGACAAAAGAAGACAUGAAAAGAGCAUUAGAUGAACAAUAUGGGGGAGAGGAAGAGUUGCCUCAAGCAAACCCUGGGUUCAAUAACUCUCCAUUUAAAUUUACAAAAUAUUCAAAUGCAUACAUGCUUGUGUACAUACGCGAAAGUGACAAGGAUAAAAUAAUAUGUAAUGUGGAUGAAAAGGAUGUAGCGGAGCACCUGAGGAUUAGAUUGAAGAAAGAACAAGAAGAAAAGGAGCAAAAAAAGAAAGAGAAAGCAGAGGCACAUUUGUAUACUGUUAUAAAGGUUGCUCGUGAUGAAAACCUUCAUGAACAAAUAGGGAAAAAUAUAUUUUUUGAUCUUGUGGAUCAUGAGAAAGUUCGUAGUUUUCGUAUCCAGAAGCAAAUCUCUUUUGCCCUUUUCAAGGAGGAAGUAGCAAAAGAAUGGGGUAUACCAGUGCAAUGUCAACGUUUUUGGCUUUGGGCAAAACGCCAAAACCAUACCUACCGCCCAAAUCGUCCUUUGACUCCUCUAGAAGAAGCUCAAUCUGUUGGACAUUUGAGAGAGGUAUCAAACAAGGCUAACAAUGCUGAGCUUAAGUUGUUCCUGGAGGUCGAACUUGGACAGGAUCUACGCCCAGUUCCCCCACCUGCAAAAACUAAGGAAGAAAUUUUACUUUUCUUCAAACUCUAUGACCCUUUAAAAGAAGAGCUUCGGUAUGUUGGAAGGCUGUUUGUGAAGAGUAGCGGAAAGCCAAUAGAGAUGCUGGGAAAGCUAAAUGAGCUGGCAGGCUUUGCUCCCGAUGAAGAAAUAGAACUGUUUGAGGAAAUCAAAUUCGAACCUAAUGUCAUGUGUGAACACAUUGAUAAGAAGCUAACAUUUCGAGCUAGUCAGCUUGAAGAUGGGGACAUUAUCUGCUUCCAGAAACCUCUCAAGGAUGGAACUGUAAAAAACCGCUAUCAAGAUGUUCCAUCUUUUCUGGAAUACGUUCAUAAUCGCCAGGUUGUACGCUUUCGUUCACUGGAGAAACCAAAAGAGGAUGAGUUCUCAUUGGAACUGUCAAAACUUAACAAUUAUGACGAUGUUGUUGAAAGAGUUGCUGGGCAUUUGAAGUUAGAUGAUCCAUCUAAAAUCAGACUUACAUCUCACAACUGUUAUUCCCAACAACCCAAACCUCAACCAAUCAAGUAUCGAGGAGUCGAACACCUCUCAGACAUGCUUGCUCACUACAAUCAGACUUCAGAUAUUUUGUAUUAUGAAGUACUGGAUAUUCCUCUUCCUGAACUACAAGGCCUGAAAACCCUAAAAGUUGCUUUUCAUCAUGCAACAAAAGAUGAAGUAGUCAUACAUACCAUUAGACUGCCUAAACAAAGCACAGUGGGGGAUGUGAUUAAUGAUCUUAAGACCAAGGUUGAGCUGUCUCAUCCAGAUGCAGAGCUUCGUUUGCUUGAGGUUUUUUACCACAAGAUUUACAAGAUUUUCCCCUUGAAUGAAAAAAUCGAGAACAUUAACGAUCAAUACUGGACGUUACGUGCUGAGGAGAUUCCAGAAGAGGAAAAAGAGUUGGGUCCUCAGGAUCGUUUAAUUCAUGUGUAUCAUUUUAUGAAAGACGCUUCUCAGAACCAGGUGCAAGUUCAGAACUUUGGGGAACCUUUUUUUCUUGUUAUCCGAGAGGGUGAGACAUUAGCUGAAGUUAAAUGGAAGUUUGCAUUUCUGUCUUUGGGUCGUCCUACAUACCUUUUGGAUUCUGAUGUUGUCUCAAGCCGCUUUCAGAGAAGAGAUGUUCAUAGUGCUUGGGAACAAUACUUGGGAUUGGAGCACUCUGACAAUGCAUCCAAAAGGUCAUAUGCUGCAAAUCAGAAUCGACACACAUUUGAGAAGCCAGUUAGAAUCUACAACUAGCUUAGCUGAAAAGCGUGUCAAGUUGUAAUAAACCUUUUGGAGGGGAGAAAAAAAAACAUGUUAAAAGAACACACAAAAUAUGAUUGAGUCAUGUCCCUUAUUGUUAUCGUAAAUGUGCAUCUUUUUUUUUUUUUUCUUUUUUGUUGAAAAGGUUUGUUGUGUUUGUUUUUCUUAAUUUGUGUAGCAUCCCUGUAUGUGGGCUAUGGGGUGAUGUAGUUUUUACUUCACUUUACCAUUAGCUGAUGUUUCUCUCAUUCUCCAUUAUUGUACCUUAGAAGAAUAUGCAUAAGAUUUUGAAUUUGGGAUGUAUAGAGGUAUAGAUGUGUCGUGUCAUGUGUGUGUUAUUCAACUUAAACUUUUUAAAACUUGUUUUUCUUUUCUUUUUCUUUUUAAUAUUUUAUUUCAUAGAUU